GCUGGAUUUCCGUUAACCGGGCGCUGGUUGGCUAAAAGUCGUAACGGUAUCUGGUGCGUGUUUAGCGGGGCGUGUUCUCCUCUGCAAUUUACAAUGUCGGAAUUUUAAAAAUAGUUAAAUGGUUCUGUCAGAAACGUUUUUGAUUUGGUUGUUUUAAGCAUUAGUUUAAAGAACAUCGGUCACUGAUACUGUCUUCAUCAGAACCCAAGAAAAGUGUCAAUGUGUAUUCGGGAGCUGUUUCUGAUAGACCCAGAAGUCAAUUUAAAUCAGAUCUAAAAUGGCUGUGUCUAGGCAUCUGUUGAAAUGUGGUUGAGUUUUCACUGUGACGCCGGUAACACGAAAGAUUUCCUCAACUUAAAUGUGACCAUCACUGUUUUUUUUUUGUUGUUUCUGGAGAGUAUAACUCAUCUCAUAAGAGAUCAAUUACCUAACUAUGAACAACUUCAACAACAUAUCGAUCAUUUUUUAUUUCCGUAUCGUGUUCACAAAAAGCCAGUUUGCCACCUAGACUCAAAUUCUUCCUGGCUGGCAUUCGAGAGAUACUGCUGCAAUUCAGUCAUGUACCGCUAGAAGGAAAAUAUUCCUUUUCUCUGAAACGCGUUCGACGUUCGCCGCGUUUAUUCCGUGACGGGGUUUGUCUUGGUUACACGGGCAUUGCUAGUGUUGUUUCUCCUCAGUCAAAUGAUGCCUUAUCAAAAAAUAUUUUUUUCUGAAUUUGGUGUCAUUUCGGUUGCACCUGAACGGAGCUAGGCCAUUUGAGCCAGUAUGGUGGAACGUGGGACUCAGUUACUUCCCAUUGCGAUACUUCCGUGUGACCCGGAAGUAGAUUAGAUGUUUGACCCUCCUGCAAUAAUAACAACAACAGCAGUGUCAAUCCGAGUGGAGGUCUGAAAAAUAGUCGGGAUCGUCAGUGUCGUUCACUGCUGUAACAUCUGCGGUGUGAUUCCCCUGUCUCUGUUAAUGAAUUACCAUAGACCAGGGGUGUCCUGCCCAUCUUCAACACCUCAAGAUCCAGCAGAAACCUACACUAGUCCAGUCAAUCCAGUACCCAGAUGAUUUAGCUUGUUAAAAGCAGCAAAAUGUUCGUCCAGGACCAGGACUGGGCAUCCCUGUUUGUAGGCUCAUACCUUGUAGACAGACUCACACUGGUGUUCAGUUUGGCCUAUACAGCAUUGUGCCAUGGCUGCAUAUCGAGUGAGUUCUGAGUGGACUGUGAUAUUGAAACCAACUCAUCUCAGCUCUGGGUCAUCUCACAACAGCCUACAUCAUCAUCAAGAAAGGGAGUAGGAAUCCACAGACAGACAUGGCUCAGCAAAGGGGAGUCAACAGUCUUCAGUUCAACCAGGACCAGAGCUGUUUCUGCUGUGCCAUGGAGACUGGGGUGAGGAUCUUCAAUGUGGAGCCGCUGAUGGAGAAAGGGCACCUGGAUCAUGAGCAGGUGGGAAGUGUGGCUUUGUGCUCGAUGCUCCAUCGCUCCAAUCUGCUGGCCAUCGUGGGAGGAGGAAGCAACCCGAAAUUCUCAGAGAUCUCCGUGCUGAUUUGGGAUGAUGCACGGGAGACUCGGGACUCAAAGGAGAAGCUGGUGUUGGAGUUUACUUUUACCAAACCAGUACUAGCAGUCCUCAUGAGGCACGAUAAGAUCAUCAUUGUCCUGAAGAACAGGAUUUAUGUCUACAGUUUCCCUGACAACCCCACCAAGCUGUUUGAGUUUGACACCAGGGACAACCCCAAAGGCUUGUGUGACCUCUGCCCCAGCCUGGAGAAGCAGUUGCUGGUUUUUCCAGGACACAAGUGUGGCAGCCUGCAGCUCGUGGACCUGUCCAACACGAAACCCGGCACGUCCUCGGCCCCCUUCACCAUCAACGCCCAUCAGAGCGAGAUUGCCUGCGUGGCGCUGAACCAGCAGGGCAGUGUGGCCGCCUCUGCCUCACGCAAGGGUACCCUGAUCCGCCUCUUCGACACGCAGACGCGUGAUAAACUGGUGGAGCUGCGCAGGGGCACUGACCCCGCCACGCUGUACUGUAUCAAUUUCAGCCACGACUCCUCCUUCCUGUGCGCCUCCAGUGACAAGGGGACAGUUCACAUCUUCGCUCUGAAAGAUACCAAACUGAACCGCCGCUCUGCCCUGGCUCGUGUGGGGAAGGUGGGCCCUGUGAUCGGGCAGUAUGUGGACAGUCAGUGGUCCCUGGCGAGCUUCACUGUCCCAGCAGAGUGUGCCUGUAUCUGUGCCUUUGGGAAGAAUACCUCCAAAAACGUCAACUCUGUUAUCGCGAUCUGUGUGGACGGCACGUUCCACAAGUACGUCUUCACGCCGGACGGGAACUGCAACCGCGAGGCCUUCGAUGUCUACCUGGACAUCUGCGACGAUGACGACUUCUAGAAGCAGAGGGCGGGAGAGGAAGUGACAAAGGCAGGAACUGUGGGAUGGGCUGGAGCAGAAAGAGGGGAGACAGUAGACGCGUUAGUGAGGGGGUAGCUCCACUUCUACCCAUGACGAGCCCUGUAGUGACCUCUGGACCUGAGGCUGGGCCAGAUGCAGUUAGUAUUCAGGGUCUGGUUCUGGGAUGUCUCUGCCCUUGUGCUUCAGAGAGAGCAGUGCCGUCAGGAUUCAGCAUCUCAUACAGGCCCUGCUGCUGUUGUAUGCUACUUGCUCCUUUCUCAGAACUCACUGUUCAAGUAUCCCUGUCUCUGCACGGUGUGCCAGUAGUGUUAAUUUUGAAUUUCCACGGUUCUCACUCCUAUACUGUAUCUCCAUGGGACACUGGCCCCAGUCUGAGCAGAGCUGAGCUCCAGAAUCUUCCCCUGCCGCUCCCUGUGUCAGGACAGCAGGUUGUGAGUCCUGCUCUGUGAUGCGCCAGGCUGCCUGCCUGCCUGCCUGCUGGGAGUCUAGCAGAGAGCAGUGUACUGUACGACGCUGUUUCUCUGAGGGCAGUACAGACUGUGCACUGAGUCUCCUGAUGUCCCUCACCAGCCUCCCUGCUGUUUAUUCUGAUGGUUUUCUAACUGGUGUCCUGUCAUCAGUGGUCUUUUGAGAAGAUAAGUGAAUAAAUAAAGUUGUGCUUUGUUUACUAAGAA